AGCAUAAAAUGUCAGGAACAGACUCCAAUAGAGACUUGAUUUCCAAGAUUCUUCAAGAAAGUGAUGACGAAGAGGAAGACGAACUUGAUAGAAUAAUCUAUGCUAAUAUUAGAAAGAGUGGCAAGGGAACUGAUGUCAACAUUGACAAAGUGAUCAGGAAGGAUAUUUUCAAUCCUGGCCGAAUGGAAACUACAUCUACUGAACCAGAAGCAUCUGGAAGCACAUUAGCCACUUCAAUGAAUCGGAUGAGCUACUUAUCCAAAAACAAAAAGAAAAAGGACGAUUUCUUAGUGGACCAAAUGCUUAAAGAGUUCGACAAUGAAAGUAGUAGCGAAGAAGAUUUUGAUGUGGAUGCACUUAUCAAAAAGGAAAAGAAGAAAGAUGAAUUUGAAAAAGAUCUUCAGAAUAAACUCAACAUCAACUUCAGUGAUAGCAGUGAAGAUGAUGACGAUGAAAUGGCAAUAUUUAGAGAAAAGUUAGGUAAAGAGCAAGAACGUAAAGAUGAGCAAGAAGAGCAAAGAGCUAUUGAACAGGCUAAGAGAAUGAGUCUUCUCGAAAUAGUUGAGACUAAUGAGAGUAAGACAGAGGAACAAAAGAGCUAUGCUGUCCUUCAAUAUGACAAGAAUUAUUACAACAUUCAUACCAUUGAAAAAUAAACUACUUCACCAGCAGAGAUUGACUAAAAUAGCAGAGAAUAUAUAUUCAAAAAGAUUAGUAAAAACAGAAUUGGAAGGGCUGCCUUACUGCAUCAAGCAAUAUCAGAAUCUUAUCUUUGUAGGAAUAUCCCAGGGGCUUAUCAGAAUUUUUGAUGACCAGACUGACGAAGAAUUAAAACCUCUCGUGCUCAAGAAGAACAAAGUAGUGAUCAAUAGGGUUCUCUCCAUGGAUGUCUCUCUCAACGGAGAAUAUCUUGUUGCUGGAUAUGCUGAUGGAAAUAUCGCUCUCUUCGAUUUGACUAAAAAUAAGCUCAUUAUUGAGAUAAAUGAUGUCCACCAUCAUGAGAUAAAGCAGGUUGCAUUCUUAUCAAUAGAUUCUCCUAUUACCAUAAUGUCAGGAGAUGAUAAAGGAAUUUUGUAUAAGAUUACUAUAUCCAGAACAUUUUAUUUGUACUCUUACAAAAGUGAUCUUGUAAUGAAGAAGCCGUUUAAAGAGUUUUGUUCUCUCUCUGCUCUCCAACCAUACAAAAAGAUGCCAAGAGAAGUAGCAGAUUGGCAUACUCACAAUAUUGUGGCAUUCUCUAAUACUGAGGAACUCAAUGUUGCUGUUUUAGGAGGUAGCCCAAGGAAACUAUUCUCAAGCAGCAGAAAUGAAUUUGCUCAAGGAUUUGUUGAGCAUGGACAUCUGUGCUACACAGAUUGGGGAUAUGGCAUCACUCCAAGAGUUUCAAGAGAGAAGUCUAAGUGCCUACUAGCAGUAGCCUGGGGAAAAGUUCUCCAGAUCUACAUCCUUGAAAAUCCUGAUAAAGGAAUGAGUGGAAUCAAAGCCGAUGGAUACUACAUCAGUGACAGUGUUAUUGACUGUGUGUACUUUGUCUCAGAUAGUAUUGUGAUGAUACUCGUAAACAAAAAGGAAGCUAGAGUUCUCUACAUCCCUCAUUUCCUUCCAAAUUCCUUUGGAUAUGAAGGCCACAAAAUAAUGGAAGAAAGUGCUGUCAAAAGCCAAGAAGUCAAUAAAGCAUUUUCCAAGAAAAAGAAUUACGGGAGAUACAAAAAGUCUCCAGGGGAAGAAAGCCUAAGAGAACAUUCUCAAAAAUCUGAACUUGAGUCUGGAGCAACCAUUUUAGAAGGAAAUAUCAGAUACUCGAUCGUUGCAGAUAAGCAGAACUUUAAUAAUACGAUAACAGUCAAUGAGAAUAAGAUUAUAGUUCUCGGGCAAGAUAAGAUCUUGUCAGCCAAACUUUUCCAUUGGGAGGAUUACCUCAAGUUCAUACAAAAGCAAUGAGACUGGCUAGUAUGCCUCAAAAUUGCUCUUGACAUCUAUCAUGGUGAAAUAAAGGGAUAUUACGGUGUUCCAUACAUUAAGGAGGAAAGAGAGAGGCUCUUACAGCACAAAAUGAUGGAUUUAAUUUCAGAAGGAAUAAAAUCGAUGAUCAAGAAUUUCAAGAAAAAUGAUAAUGAGUCUCCUUCCAAUAGCAAUUAUAGUGCUGAUAUCAUUGCUAUCAAAGCAGCUGUAGAAUUCUGUAACAGAAUAGGAUGCCUCAACUUCUUAUUCACAGGAAUAAUCAAGUUAUUCACUGAAGAAAAUUUAGAAGAUAGAUUCAUUGAAAACCUAGAGCCAUUCAUCCUAAACGGACACUUUAAAGAUGCAUACUUGCCUGAUAUAGUACUUAAGAAGCUUUGUGAUUUCUACUUUGAUAAUCAAAAGUUCCAUAAUUUUGAAAGGAUUGUGUCGAAGAUAAACUUCUCGCACUAUGUUUACUUUGAUCAGCUGCAAACUAUCUGUAAAGAGAAAAUGCUAACCACUGCUCUGAUUCAUCUGAUAAUCUCGUCUACUCUUGGGAGGGAGAAGAAAGCCUGCCUCCAGAUCUUGAAUAAUGUCUACAACAGGUUCAAGCAGGCUGAUAAAAAGAGAACUCUCGAUGAGGUCAAAGAAAUAUUGCUGAAAGAUGAUGAAUCAAAAUUUGGCAUUGAGGCUAGUUAUGAAUACAUUGGAAUUAAACUCAUGUAUAUCAUCAAACUCUUUAUAAAAGGAGAAAAAUUCCCAAGUGGAAAGCUCAGUAAGAUCCAAAGAAUUGAGUUCCUUGGCCAAAGUAUCGAGUUUCUACUCAGAGAGGAAGAAUCUACAGAACUUAUGAGACUCAAUGCUAGAACUUUCUUUAGUGUUGUAUCUGAGCUUUUCCUGAACCCUUUCAUUGCUGAAACUUUAUUGAAAUGCAAUGAUGAAGAUAACUGUGGGGACGAUGAGUACAUUCCAUUCAGCCAUCCUAAGAUCGUGGAUAUCUUGCAUGGGCACAUUUUAACAAUCCAGGAUCAAGACUUUAUUAAGUUCGAAUACUCAUACUUUAUCAUUAAAAUAGCAGAUUCUGAUUACUGCAAAGAAAACGCUUAUGAGUUGUCUGCUAAAGUAUAUAGCAGUGUCAUUAAUAUCCUCAAAGAGUGCAUUAAAUACAAUAAGAAGCCAAAAGUAAAAGAUCCUAUUAAGGUUAAAAGAAUAUAUGUAUAUUCUGGGCCUGAAGGAAUGGACCCUGAAAAGACUGAAAAUGAAGUUCUAAGAGUUAUUAAAUUCUACACUUCAACCAUGGAUGUGUCUGAGCUAGAUGACAUUAUCGAACUUGCUGAGCAGCUGAAGUUUGAUAAGCUUAAAAUUCAUCUUUAUGAACAAAAGCAGGACUUUCAGAAAUGAAUCAUGAUCUUCCUUGAGUCACGACGUGUUAAUAAGAAAGAAAUAUUCAAUUGGCUUACUAAAUUAGCAAAGAAGAAGGACAAAAAGAAGGAGCAUAAUAUUGAAGACCUGAAAAAUAAAAUUUCUGAAGUUAUAGAAGAGCUUGUCAACAUUGACCCAACAAGCACAGGAAAUAUCAUUGAUGAGUGGCUUCCAGACAAGCAGAAAGAUGUAAUUCUAAAACUAGGCAAAAAUCCAAAACUCCAACUUCAAUACCUAGAGUCAUAUCUUAAAGAAAGGGAGGAAGAUAUUAUUGAAAAAUUUGCUGCUUCAUCGCUCCAAUCAAAAACCAGCCAGGAAGCUGUUAACUAUAAGAAUUAUUUAAUCCAACAUGUUGAGUUACUUGCUAGAAAUAACGAUCCAAAGCUGAUAGAGAUUGUUAAGAGAAACUAUUAUCCUCUCGGAUGUUUGGAUAGAGUCUCUAAAAGCUCUUCCACAUUGGUUCAGGAAGCUAAAGCUCAUUUGAAAAAGAGAGAAGGAAUGUAUUCUGACAGUAUCAAGAUCUUCCUCGAAUUGUUGAAGAAUAUCCCUCAUACUAGUUUAGAGGAACAGAUUCUUGCAAGUGGGGCCAAUGAAUAUCAAAAAGAGCACAUUCUCUCAUUCUUUGAUAUAUUUGAAGAAAUUUGUGAUAAUCUUAGGCUUCACUCUAAAAGAAAUAAGAAUCAAGAUGAAAUAUGGGUUGAGACACUCAAAGCUUUAUUCUUUAUUAGAAAUAACUUCCAAGAGAUUGAAUCCAAAAACGAUCUGAUCAAUCCAUUUGUAUAUACGAAGAUCUCAGAAUAUAUGCAAUUGAUGUCAGAAUAUGUUGAUUUCACUAAAAUUAUCGAUGUUUCGCUAGAGAUAGACAGAGAUAUUACUUAUAAACAUGCAAAGUCAUGGUUCAAUAGCCUGUAUAUUUCGAAAAAUGAUCAGGAGCUACUCUACACAAGUGCAAAGAAGCUACUCAGUAAUGAAAAUUGAGCACUAAUCCAGACAAUUAUUGAGAAGAACAACGUAGGCUUUGUAGGAGAGAAAGACAAGCAGAUAUGCUCUCUCUGUAAGAACCUUCUAGGAUCUGCAGUAGACCAGGCCUUUAUCCUCACUCAAUGUCUCCACCAGUUCCAUUACAAGUGCUUCUUUGAAGAUCUAAAGAACAGAAGAAUAAAUGAAGGUGUUAGUAAUGUUAAGGCCGAAUGUCCCAUCUGUAAAACCAAUGAUAUCGAAAUUAGCAAACAGAAGAAGAGAGAAAGCAUUAGAGGAAGAAGAAGAGGUCGGAAUAGAAAGAGAAGACAGAGCUCUAUAGAAGAAGAAACAGUGGAGGAGUCGGAAGAUGAGUUCUCAAACCAUCCAUUAAUGGAGCAGAGGAACAACUUUAGUCAAUUUAACAACAACUACAACCCCAAGAAUACCGAAAUGUAUAAGCAAAGACUCGCUGCUUUUGAUGAUGAUUUCGCUUCUUCUCAACUUGACCUCAUGAUUGGAUAAUAAAUAAGUUGGAUAUUUUAUUAGUUCAUUCUUGUA